AUGACCAAAGCAGGUUUAGCAGCCGCGUUGGGUUGCACGGUGCGGCCAGAAGAUGGUGGGCAGCAGUCCGCUGGAGAACGCGAACCCGCUCAUCUACCAGCGCAGCGGGGAGCGGCAGGUGACGGCCCGGGACGAGGACGAGGAGCUGCACGACAAGAUCGACGACAGGGAGAUUUUUGAUCUCAUCCGCUCUAUCAAUGACCCGGAGCAUCCGCUGAGCCUGGAGGAGCUGAACGUGGUGGAGGAGGUCCGGGUGAAGGUAAAUGAUGAUGAGGGCGCGGUGUCCGUGGAGUUCACGCCCACAAUCCCGCACUGCAGCAUGGCCACCCUGAUCGGGCUCUCCAUUAAAGUCAAGCUCCUGCGCUCCCUGCCCGAGAGGUUUAAGGUGGACGUUCACAUAACGCCGGGUACACACGCCUCUGAACAUGCAGUAAAUAAACAGCUGGCGGACAAGGAGCGGGUGGCGGCUGCCCUGGAGAAUUCCCAUUUGCUGGAAGUUGUGAACCAGUGCUUGUCCGCGAGGUCCUAGACUCCACCUUCCGGACACCAUGACCAGACUGUUUACAAGAGCUCGCUGCUGUAUUACGUGUUUAAUAUAUUCUGUGUAUAUGUAGUCAUUGCACUGUGUCCACACGCACAGGUUUUCUUUUUUAGUGACUGACCUUUUAUUUGCAAAAAGUUGCUGGAUCCAUCAUUGAUUAUGUAAUAAAUAAAUAAGUUGAA